UCAUUUCCCGUGCAGAUUGGAGAGCAGGCGCGCAGGCGUCCAGCCCGUACUCCCGGAAGCGUUUCUGCAGACUCCCCGUCAGACCGAGUCGAUGUGAGAGGUGAUUCUGGUUCUCCCGACCUCCGGCGAUGGCAUCGGGGAGGUGCUUGCUGAGCUGCUUUUGCUUAUAUUGUUCCGUGAUCUCUUCCAUCCGUGGUGUCUUUCUCGAACCAGAUCAAGAUGUUAGUCUUCCUGCCGGGUGGAAAUACGUGGAGCGGGCUUCAUCCACGGACCAAGUUCUUCUCACGUUUGCACUGAAACAGCAGAAUGUCGAUAAGCUGAAGGAAAAGCUGGAGCAAUUAUCCAACCCAGAUUCUUCCCAGUAUGGUCAAUAUCUCUCCCUGGACAAGUUAUCCAGAAUGGUUCAGCCUUCAGAAGAAACUCUGCAAACUGUUUGGACGUGGUUGGGAAACUUUGGCGUGCAGAACUGCUCCAUCGUCCAGACCUUAGAUUUCUUGAAUUGUUUCAUGUCUUCCAGCACUGCUGAAAAACUGUUGAUUGGAUCAAAGUUUAAUCGUUAUACAAAUGGCCAUCAGACCCUGAUACGAUCUAAUUCUAGAUAUGAAGUCCCUGAUGGAGUGGCAGAACAUAUUGAUUUUGUUGGAGGAGUGCAUCGAUUCCCUCCUCAAAAAUCUGUGAUAAGCAAGACAAGGAAAGUUGGCCAGCACAGCGAGGCAACCUUUCACUUGGGUGUGACACCUUCUGUUUUGAGGAAACGCUACAACCUCAGUGCGAGUGAUGUUGGGUCUCAUGAGAAUAACAGCCAAGCAGUGGCUCAGUUUCUAGAGCAGUAUUUUCACCAGUUGGACCUUGCAGAGUUUAUGCGAUUAUUUGGUGGAAACUUUCUCCACCGCACCAGAGUAAAUAAGAUAAUAGGACGCCAAGGAGGUAUAAAGGCGGGUUUGGAAGCUAGUCUAGAUGUGGAGUAUAUUAUGAGCUCUGGUGCAAACAUAUCUACCUGGGUCUUCAGUAAUGCAGGAAGGCACGAAUUGCAGGAACCCUUUCUGAACUGGAUUACUUUACUGAGCAAUAUGUCAUCCAUCCCGUGGGUCCACACCAUCAGUUAUGGAGAUGACGAGGACAGUCUGUCAGUGGCGUAUUUAAAGAGAAUCAACGUCGAGUUUAUGAAGGCUGGUGUCCGUGGUCUCACCAUACUCUUUGCUUCUGGUGAUGAUGGUGCAGGCUGCAGAGAAAUUAAAAAAGGCAAAAAUAUCUUCAGGCCAAGUUUUCCUGCAUCUAGUCCUUAUGUUACCAGUGUGGGAGGAACUUCCUUCAAAAAUCCAUUUCAAAUUACAUACGAAGUCACAGACUACAUCAGUGGUGGUGGAUUCAGUAAUGUGUUUAAAAUGCCUGCCUAUCAGGCUGCUGCUGUGAAGUCUUACCUCAAAAGGAUGAAAUCUCUACCUCCAAAGACCUACUAUAAUGCUGGUGGUCGUGCCUACCCUGAUGUAGCAGCACUCUCUGAUAACUAUUGGGCUGUGGUUAAUUUAGUCCCCAUUCCUUGGGUUUCUGGAACAUCAGCUUCAACCCCUGUAUUUGGUGGUAUCCUGGCCCUUAUUAAUGAUAAUAGAUUUCAACGAGGUCUUCCAGCUCUUGGUUUUAUAAACCCGUUGCUUUACAAAAUACACGAGAAUGGUACAUCUGGAGCAUUUUUUGAUGUAACUAUUGGGUGCCAUUACGGUUGCUUGGAUGAAGAAGCGAAAGGGAAAGGAUUCUGUGCUUCUCAGUCUUGGGAUCCUGUGACAGGAUGGGGGACACCGAACUAUCCAGAGCUACUCAAGGUACUACUUCUGGAUAAAGAUCAUCAUCCCUGACCUGAAGAAACCAAGAUAGAGUAAAAUCUAAAUGAAAAAUCACAUGCUGAAUUUCUUCUCCCACCCCACUUUAAGAAUAUUGCCUUUUGUGAGUGUGUGGAUACUUAAAUCAUUGAUGCGCUAGUCUGUUCCAUUUUAAUUGAUGAAAAUAUUUUAACAGCAUCUUAAUUAUUCAGUUGUAUUAUAUUGAAAACAAAACACUGAUGUUCAAAGAAAUGAUUUUGCUGCUUAAAAUUUAAACUGAUACUACCUAUCUUAAACUUCCAGUAUUGUACAUUAUGACUACCAUAUCCAUGCCAACCAGCAAGCACAGAUCCCUAUCUGUUCCACACUACCUUAGGGGCAGGGUACAAUUGCUCAUUAACCUACUGACCAGUAUGUAUUUAGCAUAAGGUGUGGGGGAAGGUCACAGGGACAUCAUGCAAACACGCAAAGCACCAGAGGUCAAGAAUGAAGCUCCGGUCUCUGCAGCUGUGAGGCAAGUGCUAACCACUAAAGUACAGUACUUCACUCAUCAAUAGUUCUUUAACUAACUGACGUUCAUAAUAUAAUACUGGUUUAUAGCUAAUCAAGCCAGGUACAGUGACAAAUAUUAUAAAUCUACAUUACUGAAUCCAAGUUGCACAAUGGAGUUUGAUUACAUUUUAACUAGAUCUGUCUAGAUUUAAAUUUGCAAAUGCUGAAUUGCCCAAGUUAGAGAUUACAGUUGCAGUUUUUUGAUAGAGAUUUUAAAGUAAGCAUUUCAGUAUGUUGAAAAUAUGGUUGAAAGAUUUUAUUUACAUGAUUUUUACAUUAAGCUGUACACAAAGUGCAUAU